CUUUAUUCCAUGUCAAUAGAGGAAUCUGCAGGCGAUAGACUGUCUUGUGAAAUGUUGCCAAAAGAAAUUAUCCUACACAUCUUUUCGUUUUUCUCCACGUCGGAUCUUCGCCACCUUCUCGAGACAGAAUGGAGCGCCAUUUGCAAACCCAUUUUAUUGCAACGCAUCAAAUAUGAAAAAUGGGAACUACAGAUCCUGGAGCCACACCAAUAUGCUGCGUUGAGUUAUAAUCCGGGCUUUCGGCCGCCUUUGUUUAUGCGUUUGAUGUGCGCUGAUUACAAUGUCAAAUCCGAAUACCUGAUCUUUGUGCCGACCACCGUUGAUCCAUCACCUUGUGUAUCACUUCCGAGCCAUGCCCAUCUUUGGUGCGAUCAAUGGCCACAGCUAUCCGCCUUGAAAUACAGUAGCGAUCGACCAUUGGACCUUUCACAACGUCGUGAAUCGUUACCAGAAGAUAUCCAAGUGACCAGUAAUUACUGUUUACAAACAAUGGCCAGCGAUUCCGAAGAUUUGCCCCAUCAACACAUCCGAAGUGUUUCCGUGAGCUUGGAUUGGAUUAUUCAAGGAUUCGCUGGUUGAAUGAAGAAAUCAUAUCAAAUCAGGAUGACUCGGAUAGAGUCCUCGAUGCUCAUUUGUUGAUUUUCCCAGUCAACAAAGUCGGACGUUGAAUUGCCUUUUUUUUAUAUAGCAGUCUUUCCUUUUUCAAUCGGCCGCUCAAACCCUA